GGCAGAAAGGCGGGAACAGCGCCUUGCGGGCGGCGCCAUUUUGCUUCGCUGACAGGAUGAGGCGGGCUCGGCGCUUUUCCCUUCUCGCCCUCGUGCUGUUCGUCGUGGUGCCUUCUUGUGCCUUUAAGCUUAACGUGCCCAAAGUGUUGCUGCCCUUCAGCCAGGAGAUGAGGGUGCCUUUCGUGCUGGAGGCUGAAGGGGGCUGUUACUCCUGGCAUUCCAUGCAUUACAACGUUGUCGCAGUGGAGCCCCUUUAUGAGAAUGGUGCUGCAUGCUCCCAGAAAGCCCUGCUGUCUCCUCAGUCCACACAGCCCACCAAGCUGAGCAGUGCUGUGAUAGCUGAGGAACACGUCACUGGCCACGUGCUCCGCUGUGAUGUGAUGGUUGAUGUGAUCGACAGCAUUGAAGUUCUCUCCCGAACCCGGGAGAUCUACGUGGAGGAUUCUCCCCUCGAGUUGGCAGUGAGAGCCCUGGAUGUCAAAGGGAACACGUUCAGUAGCUUGUCAGGAAUGGCUUUUGAGUGGAGCGUCGCAAAGGAUGAGGAUGUGGACAGUGUAGAAUUGUCAGACAAAAUAAGGAUUUUAAAAUACUCAGAAGCUGACUAUUCCCCACCAGACCACAUUGUUGAGCUGGAAAGGGCAGAAAAACAAGGGGACAGGAUCCUGGUGUCAGGAAUCACGACUGGUGCAGCGGUUGUAAAAGUCCGAAUACACGAAUCGACCUACAAGAAAGUGGCCGCUGCAGUGGUACGCCUGCUGGUUCUGGAGAACAUAGUGCUGAUCCCUGCUCACGAUGUUCACCUCUUGGUUGGAGCAUUUAUAAAAUACAGAGUUGCCAAAGUUGUACAGGGGAAGAUUACAGAGCUGGAAUAUCCUCUCGAGCAUUACGAGCUGGAGCUUCGGGAUCAGGUCGCUGCUCCCGGUGGCUCUGAGCUCCUGCCUGUGGCCAACCUGGAGGGGAAGACUGCCGCCGUGCGAGCUGUGCAGCUGGGGCAGAGCAGCCUGGUUGUGGUCCACAGAAACGUUCACAUGCGAGCUGCAUCUGGGCUGCCUAACUGCACCAUCUAUGUGGUAGAAGCUGGAUUUUUAGGUUUCAGUGUCUAUCCGGGAGACAGAUGGGUGCUGGAAGUGCAGCGGGAGUAUGCCAUCACUGUUGAGGUUUAUGACAGAGACAGCACUAAGGUUUAUUUAUCUGAUAACCUCAGAAUAACUCACAGCUUUUCUAAGGAGUAUUUUGAGGAGCUGACUUCGUCUCCUAACGGGUCUUACCACGUAGUUCGAGUCCUAAAGGAUGGCACCACAGGGAUAAGAGCCGAGCUGGUUUCUGUCCUUCAGCAGGGUGGCUCUGGGCCUUCCUUCCCCACAGUGAUCAGCCGUGAGCAGGAGGUGAAGAUGUACCACCCCAUAAGGCUGUCCCGUCCUCUCCUUGCGUUCCCGUGGCAUCCCACAGAAGUGCUGUAUCAGUACCGACUCCAGGUGGAAGGAGGCAGUGGCAAUUUCUCCUGGAUUUCUUCCAAUCAAACUGUGGCCACAGUCACCAUAAAAGGAGCGGUGAGCGGAGGCCUGGCCCGGGGGCACUGCACAGUUCAGGCCAGAGAUGCACAGAACCCCUUUCAUUACGCAGAAAUACAGGUGUUUGUGGAACCUCUGGCAAAGCUGGAACUGAUGCCGCUGCGCGCAGACGUGGAGGUGGGGCACACUCUGGCGGCUCCUCUCCAGGCGUACUUCACACACAGGGAGACGAGGCAGUACACUGCUUUCACUGACUGUUCCCUCUUACCUUUGGAGAUAAGCAUGGAAAAGAGGGGAGUGUUUGUCCUUGCAGAAGGAGGUAAUCGGAAGCCUGAUUGGACAUUCUGCUCCAGCCUCCAAAUAGAAGCAAGGUCUGUGGGACACACGUUGCUGACAGUGAGCGUUAAUGUCCACGAGCAGUACUUGGAAACAAGUGCAAUGUUUGCUGCUUAUGAACCUCUCAAGGCUGUCAAUCCGGUGGAGAUGGCUUUGGUGACCUGGAAGGCAGCGAAGGAGAUUGUUUUUGAAGGUGGCCCAGGGCCCUGGGUUUUGGAACCGUCUCGUUUCUUUUCGGAACUGACUGUGGAGCAUAAAGAUAAAAUUGAGGUCGUACAAAUCCGACUGCCAACCCAAAGGAAAGUGAACCAGUAUGUGUACCGGGCUGUGUGCCUGGAGCUGGGGGAGCAGGUGCUCACAUUCCGUGCAGGGAACCGGGCUGGGCUGCUGAACCCCGCUCCUGCCGUGGAGGCAGCCAUGGUGACGUUCAUCUGUGCUUCUCCUGCCAGCAUGUCCAUGAGCCCGGUGUACGGAGCGCUCCGUGCUGUUCCACCUUGUCUGUUGCCACAGCACAGCAAACAGCUGAUCCCCAUUUCCAGCCGGAGGAGCACAGUGUUGGAGCUGGCGGUGUUCGAUGGGCAGCAGCGCAAGUUUGACAACUUCAGCUCUCUGGUGCUGCAGUGGAAGUCAUCCAACAGGAGCCUGGCACACUUCUCUGACUCCGGAGCCACGAGGAUGGUGCUGAAGGACGAUGGCAGCGGGCAGACCCGGCUGCACGGACAUCAGCUUCUAGAAGUGCAUCAGAUCAAAGGAACUGUUCGUGUUGAAGUCAGCUUUGUAAAGUACAGAACCGGUGGUGGCCCGCAGGCAGCGUCUGGCUUAUUUACCUCUGUGGAGUUCCUACUGGUUGAGGACGUGAUGGUUUUGCCUGAUAAUGUCACUGUAUAUAACCACCCUGCUGUAAAGGAGCUGUUCAGUCUUGUGGAAGGUUCUGGAUACUUCCUGGUCAACAGCAGCAAGGAGGGAAUAGUGAACAUGAGAUACUUGGAGGCAGACAGUGCCAUUGAGGUCACCCCUUUGCAGCCCGGAUUUUUAAGCCUGGGUAUCCAUGAUUCCUGUUUGGCCUCGUUGGCACCGGUUGCAGCCCACGUGCGCGUGUCUGACAUGCACGAGGUGGAGGUGGAUCUCAGUGAAAAGGCUGAGAUUGGCAGGUCCAUUCUGGCCACUGUUCGAGUACUGGGUUUUCAGCGACUUCCCCUGCAGAGUAAAUACUUCAAGUACAUGAAGCUGCAGCUGCAAGCAGCAUCACCUAUUGUUACCCUUGUGCAAGUAGAGGAAGUGGGAGAAUAUUCCCAGUUGCACACACUUCAUGCUGUCGCCGUGGGCCAGACCACUUUGGUAGCUACAGCCUGGGACAAGAUGGGCAGAAAGAUCACUUCUGCUCCUCGUAAAAUUGAGGUCUUUCCUCCAUUUAAGCUGAUCCCGAGGAAAAUCACUCUUAUUCCACACAAUGUGAUGCAGGUGAUGUCUGAAGGUGGUCCCCAGCCACAAUCCAUCGUCCACUUCUCUGUCACCAACUGCUCUGUCGCUGAGGUCAGCUGCCUUGGACACAUAACAGCAAAGGCAGUGGGAACAACCACCAUCCAGGGCACCAUUCAGGUGGUUAGUGAAGACACGGGAAGAGUAACUGUGUUUUCACAGGAUCAAGUGGAGCUAGAAGUGAUCCCGUUAAAAGCAGUAAGAAUUCAUGUACCCUCCACAAGGCUGAUCACAGGCACUGAGAUGCCAGUCUUCGUGGUGGGGCUGAACAACAUGCUGACUCCCUUUUCCUUCAGUAACGCUAACCCAGAGCUGAGUUUCCAGUGGUCAGUGAGCAAAAGAGAUGUCCUAGAGCUGCUUCCUCGACACAGGAAGGUUUCCAUUCAGCUCCCGGCACAGAACAACGUUGCUAUGGUCGUGUACACGAGGGCAGCAGGUAGAACAAGCAUCAGGGUGAAGGUGCAGUGCCUGAAUGCAUCUGCUGGGCAGUUUGAAGGGAACGUGACUGAGCUGACAGAUGAAAUACAGGUCCUGGUCUUUGAAAAGCUGUUUGUCUUCUCUCCCUUGUUUUCCACUGAGCAAAUUUUAAUGUCCACGAAUUCUCAACUCAAGCUGUACACAAACAGGGAAGGGGCUGCGUUUGUCAGCUUCCAGAUCUUGCAGUGUUACCCCAACUCCUCAGUCCUCGAGGAGCGUGAUCAGGGUCUCCUGAGGGCCGGGCCCAUCACAGGCAUCGCAGCACUGGAGGUGACCUCCCUGGAGCUCUUUGGAGUCAAUCAGACGAUCGUAACGAGUAUCCAGGUUGCACCCAUUUCCUAUUUAAGGAUAAGCGUUAGUCCCCAAAUCUAUACCACCGGUGGCGUUUCCUUGGCUGCAUUCCCCCUGGGAAUGUCUUUACUCAUUACAGUCGAGUUCUACAACAGCAUCGGGGAGAAGUUCCAUGCCCAGCAUGCCCAGCUGCACUUGUCUGUGAACAGAGAUGAUUUGCUGCUCAUUAGACCUGCAAAUAAGAAUCACAGCUACGUUGCUCAGGCUGUGAGCAGAGGAGUGACGCUCUUGACUGUCCAGGAUAGGAAGCGUCCAGGCGUGGUGGACUACAUCCCUGUGCCUGUGGAGUGUGCCAUCCAGCCAGAGCUGCCCAGGGCCCUUGCAGUAGGAGAUGUUGUCUGUUUCAGCUCACCCCUUGUCAGCCAGGAAGGUGACCCGGGGACGUGGCACGUUUCCCCCCCCGCCGUGCUCACCAUAGACAGCGCGAGUGGAGCAGCGUUAGCAAAGAGCUCUGGAACUGCUAUGGUCUUCCAUGAUAUCCCAGGGAUAGUGAACACAUACAGAGAGGUCUCAGUCAAUGGCUCAUCACGGUUACAUCUCCGGACUGGUCAGAAAAGCUAUUUAACAAACGCUCCCAAUUCGUCUGCGUUCCACGUUCUCAUUGCCACGAGCAGUGGGAGAGAAACCCUCCAAGGCUCCUGCAGCUCCGCUCAGGUGAGUGCCAUCGCACAGCGCCUGGUCCCGCAGUCCCGCCUGCAGUGCCACCUGAAGUUCAGCAGCACCACGGUGGGCGUUCCAGCUGGGGACGUCUUCCUUGUGAGCCCAGAGUUCAGCACCCAGGAAGGUCUCUAUGUCUGUGUAAUCACUGCUAAACCGCAGCCCAGUGAAGCCCUCCUGGCACUCAGCACAACCAACACCUCUGUCCACGUGGUGGUUUCUCUCAGCAGUGACACACAAAGCAUUCUCAUUCCUUUCCUCCCUGCCUUCUACCUCGGUCAGUCAGAGUUAGUGUUCAGCGCCACGCAGCUGACGGCCGUGCUGAGCGUGCUGGGAGCUGAACAGGUAUUGGAAGAACUGCAGGUUCAGUCCAGCUCUCCAGCUGUAGCAGUGACGCCUCCGGAGUUCUUUUCCAACAAGCCCGGGCUUGUGCGUUACACAGUGCGUGUGCUCAACCUCAGCUCCCUCCAGCAGAGGCCAGCAGCCUCCAUCACCGUCUCUUGUGCUCUCACCGGCCAAAGGGCCGUGGUCACAGCCAGAGCUGUCGCGGGGGAGUGUCCCCCAGGGCAGCGCGGCGCAGUGGGAAUUCACCAGCAGCUUGCAGGCUCUUACCAGAUCCUCCUCUUCACUCUCUUUGCUGUUUUGGGAUCAACAGCUGUUACGUACCUCGCAUACAACGCCUUCCUGUCCAGGCUGCAGACUCUGCCCCUCAUCUACGUGUCCAACGCGGCCGUGCCUCAGGCAGGAUACUCCCACCCCCCCGGCCCCACGCAGGGAGGCAGCAGGACGCAGCUGGGGCUGUGGAGCGUGCAGAGCUGAACCUCGGUGUGCCCUCGUAAUGCACGGAGCUGCUUUGUUCCAGCCGGGAUGGAGGGCAGCGCUCAGUGCACCCCCUCCAUCUGCUGCUCUGAGCCACGCAGGUUAAACGACGCAGGUUAAGUGCCCGUUACUUUUUGGCAGUUUGGGGAAGGUGGGGGCGGUUCAGUGGUUCGGGUUCAGCCGACAGUCCCACCCCGUUCCCUCGAUGAGGAAUAAAAGGCAAUUCAUCUGUUUUAUCCAAAA